CCGUCCGGAAGCCGGCGAUUCGCGGCCAUGGCAGUGCCGGCCCGCGGCUUUUCCCUGCUCCGCCGUCGCCUGGGCCGCGUGUUGAUGCUCGGCGGGAGCGUGGUGCUGCCCCUGGGGGCGCCGGGAGCAGCCGGCUGCGCGUCCCGGGGUUUUCGGAGCAGCGGCGUGAGACAUGAUGCCAUUAUUAUCUCAGGAACUGAAAUGGCCAAACAAAUCCAGAAAGAAAUACAGAGAGGUGUGGAAUCAUGGAUUUCCCUUGGGAACAGAAGACCUCACCUCAGUAUCAUUUUAGUGGGUGAUAAUCCAGCAAGCCACACGUACGUCAGGAAGAAGAUCAGAGCUGCGUCUGCUGUAGGGAUCCGUAGUGAGAUCAUUCUAAAACCAAAGGAUGUUUCUCAGGAAGAACUUUUGGAUAUAACUGAUCAAUUGAAUAUGGACCCACGAGUCAGUGGUAUAUUGGUUCAGUUACCACUACCAGACCACGUGGAUGAGCGAACAGUAUGCAAUGGAAUUGCCCCUGAAAAAGAUGUAGAUGGAUUUCAUAUUAUCAAUAUUGGAAGACUGUGCCUUGACCAGAAUUCUCUCAUACCUGCCACUGCCAGUGCUGUUUGGGAAAUAAUCAAAAGAACAGGGAUUGAAACAUUUGGGAAAAAUGUGGUUGUAGCUGGAAGAUCCAAGAAUGUAGGGAUGCCCAUUGCCAUGCUUUUACACACUGAUGGAGAGCACGAACGGCCAGGAGGUGAUGCAACCGUGACAAUAGCUCACAGAUACACUCCCAAAGAACAAUUGAAGAUCCAUACGCAGCUGGCAGAUGUUAUCAUAGUAGCUGCCGGUAUUCCUAAGUUGAUCACAUCUGAUAUGGUUAAAGAAGGUGCUGCUGUAAUUGACGUGGGUAUCAACUAUGUCCACGACCCAGUGACAGGAAAGACAAAACUGGUUGGAGAUGUGGACUUUGAAGCUGUUAAGAAGAAGGCUAGCUAUAUCACCCCAGUUCCAGGAGGCGUCGGACCCAUGACAGUGGCAAUGCUUCUGAAGAACACCCUUCUGGCAGCUAAAAAACUCAUUUACUAAUUCACAUGAAAGAAUAAAGCAAACUGAAGUCAUGCUAUUUAUUUAUUUGACAAAGGGUGUAAACACCUUUAUAUUUUACUACAAAGCUAUUUAUUUCUACAUUGUAUUUAUUUUUUCAUGGAUGGAAUCAUACUGGACCAGAUGAUUCAUACGACUUUAUGCAUUUCCUGCUAACAGAUUUUGAGUUUUAGGAUAAAACAAAAUAAUUCCAAUGAAAACUUUGGUAACAACGGUUUAUUUUGUGAAUACUAUUUGUUCGUAAUAUUAAACAAUAAAGGGCUCAUAAUAAAUGAAUAUAUUUUUGACACAAAUAUCACACAAAGUAUGUUUUCAACAAAUGUCUUGUGAGCCAAAUGGGUGCCCUCAUAAACUGUAAUUUAGGUUUGGACAUAAGCAUGCUCAAUUUUUAUAUAUUUUAUGUGUCUCAUAUGCUGAAAAAGAGCUUACUUGUAAAAGAAAGAUAAAACAGUAACAAUCAAAUCUUGAUCUUGUAUAUCUCAUAAAUGGAUCCUAUGAGGUAUCUUAAUGAGAAAUGACACUCUAUUCAAGGAAAGAAAAAUAAACGAAGAAAGCAAAAUACGCAGUGCUACUUGGAAAGGUAAUGAUCAGGGGUGCCUGGGUGGCUUAGUUGGCUAAGUGUCUGAC